AUGUACAAUAACAGAGAUCGGAAUGGACAGAGAAAGAAUUACUCGGAUAGUAGGGACUAUACCGGAUCUCCGUUUCCCGAUCCUCAUGAGUUUGGCUUUCCAUCAUCAGGCUACCAAAAUUUUCCGAGUAGUAACACUCGACCAUCUUCUGAGAUAUUCUACAGACCUUACAGAGUAGAAACCCCGGUAGACUAUAGGAGGAGUGAGUCAAGGAGAAUUGAUGACCAGCCUGGACGAUCGGAUGACAGAGAUGGAGACCACAACCAAGAAUCCACGAAGCCCAGAAAGUCUCUCUCAAAGAUCAUCACUCGUUUUGCUGAUAAAACAGCCAUGCAGGGAGUGGGGUAUAUCACAUCUGCAAAGUUUUGGUACUCUAAAGCUAUAUGGGUGUUUCUGCUGGUGAUAGUUGCCUUAACCGAUCCGAGUCGAUUUAAUCCAGGCGGUUCAUCCGGGAUUGUGUACGCCAUUGUGCUCCCAAGAAAGAAGAGGUUUGUGGAGGAUUUCGGAAACAUCGAUUUUGAUAACUUUACGUAUUAUGAUGAUUACUACUCUGAUCCCAAUUACUCGGAUGACGACUUCCGGGACGCCCCAAGAGAUGACGUGUACGAAAUGGAGAGCACCUUCAGAAACUUGUAUCUCGCCAUGCCGAGGGAUGUACGAGUACAGACAGGUCAUCAGAUCCAGGACAUGCUGUUGUCAUGUUCAUUCAAUGGCUACAAAUGCUUUGCAGACAACUUCACAUUAGUGAACACUCCUGAAUAUGGAAACUGUUUCUCAAUACAAUCUGAAGGAUUUGUUACCAAAAAUGCUGGUCCCAAAUCAGGGCUGACGAUGAUGUUGUACACAGAAAAUGACGAAUAUCUGCCAGGGAUCAGUCAGGGGUACGGCAUGCGUCUACAGAUCCACAAACAGGGCACCUUUCCAAUACCGGACCAAGAGGGAAUUUUUAUUUCAUCGUCGUACGAAACACAUAUAGGAUUACGUUUGAAGGACAUUACAAGAGUUACGCCUCCCCAUAGAGAUUGUGAUGACGGUGUUGAGCUUAAAAGACAGCACAGAAUGGAAUAUUCCAGAACAGUAUGCCGCAUAAUAUGUGAACAGUCGGCCAUGUUGCAGGAUUGUGGAUGUUAUGCUCAUGAGUAUAAGGAAUUUUAUUACUUUUCCAACAGUACAUUCCAAAAUCAAUGGUGCAAGACACAAAACGAUAUAAAAUGCAUCAGUAGAGUUCGACGGGAUUACAAAUUACAGAAGAGGUUCUGUAGCUGUUUAAACCCUUGCAGGGAGAAAAAAUAUUCCUUGUUUCCAAGUAGCCGACAGUGGCCAACAACUGAAUAUGCUAACACUCUGUUGCAAGGACUGUGUGAACAUUUCCCUUUGAAAUGUCUACUGUUGACAAGCAUAACAGAUCCACGGUUAUUGAGUUUGAAUUUUCUUAAAGUAACGAUAUACUUUGAAGAUCUGAAUUAUGAACAUCUGGAAGAGGAACCGGAAAUAACGACGGCUCAGUUUGCCUCCGACGUGGGCGGUGCCAUUGGCUUGUGGAUUGGGCUGUCUAUUUUGGCUAUAUUUGAAGUGGUCCAGUUCUUCAUUGAACUCUGUGCAUACGGUGUAUAUUUAUGUGGAAAUACCGAAAAAAAGAACCAUGUAAAUCAGACCAGGAAUGAUCGAAAGCCUACCGGAAAUUUAAAAAAUAACCAAGAACAGUAUUGGUCUUACUAAAUACAGAAAUGAUCGAAAGCCUACCGGAAAUUAAAAAAAUAACCAAGAACAGUGUUGGUUUUACUAAAUACAGGAAUGAUCGAAUGCCUACCGGAAAUCAAAAAAAAAAAUAACCAAGAACAGUCUUGGUCUCUAAUACUAAAUACAGAAUCGAGGGUUCUUUAUAAUUGAUAUCAUAUGCUGGAUUAAAAAGAACCAAGGAUCAAGACAGUGUGAUAUUCGUCAGGAACGCGUAUUUCACUACCUUGUAUACCUCCUUCUGAAUAACACACGGGUUAGGUUGGCUUCUUGUGCUUGUUUCAGUCGUACAAUGCUUGACUGACAACCUCAGGAACGCGUA